CCUUUCUUCCCCUCACUCGGCGCAUCAGCUUGUGUUGUUGCGUUGUUUUUUCUGUUUUUUCGUGAGAAAUUUGAAGAUUUGACUGCAGUAUUUGAAAUUUACCCGAUCCAUCUCUACUUUUAGCAUAUUAAUUAUCUAAAAUCAUUCUUCUCGCAAAAUAAAUAUUCAGAAAAUUCCCCAUUCCCCCGUGGAUAGAUUAAAAUGGCACGAAAUGCAGAGAAGGCUAUGACGACACUUGCUCGGUGGAGAGCAUCUCAGCUUGAUGACUGGAAAAAGAAAACCCUCAGACGACCGUACUUGGCGUCUGAGUGCAAAAAUUUACGGUGGUGCGAGAAAUGGAGAAGACAGGUCAUUGGAGAAAUUGCCAAGAAAGUUACCCAGAUACAAAAUGCCGGCCUGGGUGAAUUCCGCAUUAGAGAUCUGAACGAUGAAAUCAACAAACUUCUCCGAGAAAAAGGUCACUGGGAGGCGCAAAUCAAGGAACUAGGUGGUCCGGACUAUGCAAGAACGGGCCCCAAAAUGUUAGACCACGAGGGUAGAGAGGUGCCUGGAAACAGAGGCUAUAAAUAUUUUGGAGCAGCAAAAGAACUACCUGGUGUCAAAGAAUUAUUUGAACAAGAGCCUCCGCCUCCUACUAAAAAGACUAGGGGCGAGUUGAUGAGAGAGAUCGAUGCUGAUUAUUAUGGAUACAGAGACGAUGAUGACGGAAUUUUGAUUCCCAGAGAGCAAGAAAUUGAACGCAAAGUAAUUGCAGCAGAAAUUGAGGAGUGGAAAGGCAAGAAAGAUACAACAGGUGCAAAGCCCGACGAAGAAGAGGACAUUUACUAUGCACAAGUUGAAGAAAAUUCUGACGAAGAAAUGACCUCGUACCCCACUGAGGGAACUGGAGAACUGUCAAGAUUUAUUGCUCAUGUGCCCGUUCCUUCACAACAAGACAUUGAAGCUGCAAUUCUGAAGAGGAAGAAACAGGAGCUGAUUGACAAAUAUGCCAGUGAUUCGAUGAUGGCUGAUUGAAAAAAAUUCAAGAACAAUGUUCAAAAAUAAAAUAAUUUUAGAUUUUAA